AAUCAUAAUCAUGCAGCCCAAAUUAUCAUAUGUGACAUACACUCUUUUCACACCCUGUUACUAUUUUUAUUAUUUUUCAACAAUUUUUAUGUUCAUUUUCCAAGUUUGAUUUAGAAGUGGUAGGUAGCAGUAGUAGAAAGUUCUGAUUUUGUUGUCAGUAAUUGUUUUGAUUGUUGCAUGUUUUUGCUGUAGUUUUUGCAUACUUUAAUUUGGUUGUUACCAACCAUAUCAUUCUUUUUCUUUUGCUUCAAUUUAAUUUAAUUUUCUCUUUCUAUUUCAUCUUCAACUCAGUUCCCAUGGCUACUGAGGCUGUAUCUUCUGAAGCUCAUCGGAAACUUGAAGAGAAGGUGGAUGAUUUUGUUGUUUUAGCAUCAAAGGACCCCAAAGUGCAAGGGGCUGAGGAUGGGAAGGUUAAGCCUUCAGUACUCGAGGCUCUGAAAGACUCUAUUUCUGAUGCUAUUAAGAGCAAGCCAGAGGAAUCUGAAGAGAAACCAAAGAUUGUUGAACAACUGAAAGAAAUUGAACCAAAAUUAGAUAUGAAAUCUGAGGAGGUUACUGAAAAGAUUGAGACCAUCUCCACAGAUUCAGGAAAAAUAGAUUCCCCCGUUCCUAAAGUUGAGGCAAAAGUGGAGGCACAACCUGAACAGGUAGCUGAAAAGGUUAAAAUCUUGUCUGAGGAGGUUGACAAACUGGACUUGGUAGCUCCUGAAGUUGAGUCAAAAGCAGAAAGGCAAUCUGAACCAGUAACUGUGGAGGUUGAUAAACUGGUUUCGGUUGUUGCUGAAGUCGAAGCAGAAUUAGGAGGGCAAUCUGAAGUGACAGAAAAGGUUGAGACUGUAUCUGAAGAGAGCAAAAAACCAGUUCUGGUUGUACCUGAAGUCGAGGCAAAACAAGACGCACCAUCUGAAGUUGCGCCUACGGAAAAAGAUGAAGAGAGCUUGGUUGAUAAGGUUGAGGAGAAAACUUGCAAAGAAGAGGAAACUAGUCUAGGCAUAAGUUCAGAACAAGUUGUUUCAAAAGAUCAGGAACCUGAAGCUGCUGUGAAAGAAGAUGUAGUUCAAUCUUCUAUUCCUGAUGUCAUAGAAGAGAAGGAACCAAGUGGAGUUGGAGCUGCUGAAACUGUUUCAAAAGAGGCAGUGGUUGAGGAUUCAACUCAGCCUAUUAAAGAGGAGGGUGUCAAGAGCACUGAAGCUCGAGUUACUGAAAAGAUGUCUCCAGAAGAGAGCACUGGAGAAGAUAAAGAAGUGAAAAAUGGGAGUGAAGAGAUGGCAAAAGAUGAGAAACCAGCCAUAGAUGAAACAAACAAAGAUGGGAAAACAGAAGAAAAGCUGGAUGAUGCCACUAAAGCUGUUAGCAAUCCGGCUGAAGAACUCCCAAAAUCUGAGUUAAAAGUGAAGGAAAGGGAGGUCUCCAAGGAUGUGGAUGGUACAAAAACAUCCCAGAACCUGCCAAAAGAAGCUCCUGCCAAGCCUACUCAAAAGCAGUCAAACAACCUUAUAUCAAAGGUGAAGCAGUCACUUGUGAAGGCAAAGAAAGCUAUCAUUGGAAAAUCUCCAACUUAAAAAACCAAGAGUGAUGUGAACGCCAAAUAAGGCAUUCCACUAGGCAGCUUUGCAUAUUUGUAUCAUUCUGUGUUGUGCAGUUUGUUGGUUGAUUCCCUCUCUAUACAUAAAAGCUUUAGGUAUUUCUGCUAAAUAUUGUAUAAAAAAUUACUGCAAAUUUUAUUUUCUUUUACCCUAUUCAUUUCUGAUGUAUAAAUACUUUGUGUUAGGGGUUGGAUGCAAGUAUUAUCAAAGAACAAGAACUCGUCAGAUUUUAAGAUUUAAUAAUAGAUGCUUGUUAUAGUUUAGUGAUCA